AUGAGUUACUCCAGCGACAUUUACAGCAGCAGCUCCUAUAGGAAGAUCUUCGGAGAUGCCCCCCGGUCCGGACGCACGGGUCUGGGCAGCAGCAGCAGCCCAUCCCGCCUGCACUCUGCGGGAUAUCGCCGCACCUACGGUUCCCCCUCCGUGAUGUCCUCCGCCACCUUCCGCAGGUCAACGGCGCCCGGCCGCGUCUUCUCCUCCAUGCCGGAAUCCAUGAUGGACCUGACCCAGUCCACCGCGGUCACCAACGAGCUCAAGAUCAUCCGCACCAACGAGAAGGAGCAGCUGCAGGGCCUCAACGACCGCUUCGUGUCCUUCAUUGAGAAAGUGCACAACUUGGAGCAGCAGAAUAAAGUCCUGGAGGCGGAGGUCACGCUGCUGCGCCAGCGCCACAACGAGCCCUCUCGCCUGCACGAGCUGUACGAGCAGGAGAUCCGCGAGCUCCGGGCGCGUGUGGAAGAGCUGACGCACGAGAAGAGCCAGAUGGACCUGGGCUUCGUGCAGAUGAACGAGACGCUGGACCGCGUGCGGGAGAAGCUGGACGAGGAGACCAGGCUGCGCGAGGAGGCGGAGAACACCCUGAAGGGCUACCGGAAAGACGUGGACGACGCCACCCUGGCGCGCCUGGAACUGGAGAAGAAAGUUGAGUCGCUGCUGGACGAGAUCGCCUUCCUCAGGAAAGUUCAUGAAGAGGAGCUGCUGGAGCUUCAGGCGUCUCUGCAGGCCACGCAGGUACUUCUGAGGAUUGAUUCACAGGUGGUGCUGUCACUUGUCUGAUCGAUUAUCAGACACUAGUUGGAAUGUCGCUCUAGCAUUAAUCCAUCCUUGUGUCCUUAAAGGUCCUUAUUGAGCCCCGAUACGAUUUGACCGUAAACCGAUAUUUUAUCGGACUGAGCUGAGUGUCAACCUUCAUAGGAGGUUGUCCGGAUAAAAGUAUCGGCUGCUCAUUUAUCGGUAUAGUUAGAGGCUUUAGGGGGCAUCACUUCUGUUUAUUCAGACUCAGUACACUGUUUUUGCACUUUUCCUCCGUUAAAUCAGAAAGUUAAAGACAAACAUUCUGGCUGUGAUGAAUAAGAAAGUUUUCCUAAUAGCAAAAUAACAAUAAUAAUAAUACAUUUUAUUUAUAACGCGCUUUUACAGGGGCUCAAAGACGCCUUACAAAGAAAGAAAUAUAUAAAAAACACUUUAAAAUACAGAAAUUUUUGAGAAAUAAAACCAACAAAGCAAAAGGUUAAAAAAGACAUAAUAGUAAAAUACUCUUCUUCGUGUUCUGAUAACUGCGCAGCUGGGUAAUUGAUGGCACUGCAGUUCCGUUUCAGCACCAUUCGCUCUCCCUCCUCCUCCUCCUCCUUCCAAUAUAAAUUUUUGGGUCUCGCGCGUCCCUGCGGUGUCCCGCGAGCGCUGUCACGCCCCCCGUUUGAACUUUCAAACGAUAAGACUCCGAGAGUGACUCAUUUUCUGUUCUGGUCUAUCGUUAAUAGGGUUUAAAACGUUAUAGAGUAUUAAAAAUCAUGAGGCGUCUUUGCAAACAUACACUGUGGUCUAACAAGGUCAUGAAACAUUUGCGCAUUUUUUCGGUGGCAUAAUGGCGCCGUUUUCGUCAAAGGAGGUGAGGAAAUGAUGCAGAGGGGGGAGGAAGGGUGAGGAAGAUGCGGUGAAGUAUCGCAGGAUCCAGGGGUGUGGUCGUCCCAAGAGGCAGCAGCCAGUGUCAACCCUGUGAAGCACCCCAGACAUCAACUACACAAACAUUGACAAAAAUCAUCAAUAAUGUCGAUUCCUGCACCUAUAACACGUCUCUGAGACAAUCUGAGUUAUUGUGUGUGUGAAACAGAAACAAGGUGUAACUUUUUGCUGAUUUAAGACGGUCUAGUGAAAGUAAUUUAACUCAAAAAAAUGUGUUUCAGCAACUAUUUACUGCAACUUUGAGCUGAAAUCAAUGUAUGGAUAUGCAGCAGCAGUGUGGCUAUAAGCCUCGCAGAGGGCUGAUGGUUGCUGGGUAGGAUUCUCCAGGGUUUCUCUUCUUCUCCGCAGGGAAUAUUAUUGCCAUGUAAGCUAUUGACAGCACAGCUUCCCCCCCAGCAGAGAGGCCUGAGUCAGCAGUCGAUUCAUCAGUCCACCUCACCGGGCUGCAAGUCAGCUCAUAAACACAGCACUCAUCUUAUAUGUAUAUGUCAGUGUGAGUAAUGGGGAAAAGUGCAGAGUUGGAAAAGGCAUUUAUUUGUCGUAAAGUAGUGGAUUUAAACUCUACAAUCUGAGUUUUUGCAUAAAGUGAGCACAAAAGAAUCGAUUCUGACAUUAAAGCUGAUUUUGAUCAGAAUUGGCAGGAUCUGGAUUUUUGUUUUGUUGCAGAGUUUCAAGAUUUUAAGUCAUAAAAAAGGACAAAUGACCUUUCUCCUCUUUGAUUUGUCUGUUUUAAACUUUUAUGUCUGUGGUUUGUAAAAAGCUAAAUAUAAUUUCUCAAUAUCUACCUUUUCUCCCUUCAGGUGUCUGUGGAGAUGGACCUGAGCAAACCGGACCUGACCGCAGCUUUGAAGGACAUCAGGGCUCAGUAUGAGAACCUGUCGGCCAGGAACCAAUCUCAGGCAGAGGAAUGGUACCGCUCCAAGUUCGCCACCGUGACCGAGGCGGCUGCUCGUAACCAGGAUGCCAUCAAGCAUUCCAAAGAAGAGCUGAGCGAGUACCGCAGACAGGUGCAGGCUCGCACUCUGGAGAUCGAGGCCCUCAGGGGUCACAACGAGGCUCUGGAGAGGCAGAUUGCUGAGAUGGAAGAUCGUCAUAACCAUGAAAUCGGCGAGAUGCAGGUACGUAAACAGUAGAAGGAGGUGAGUAUUUGCCAUGUUUCCUGAUUUAAUGGCGUCUGAGCAACAUAUAUAUCUCCUGAAAGAUUGUAUGUAUACAUAUAUUUGUGUGUGUGUGUGUGUACAGGAAACCAUCCAGCAGCUGGAGGCUGCUCUGCGCAGCACCAAAGGAGAAAUGUCCCGCCACCUGCGUGAGUACCAGGACCUGCUGAACGUCAAGAUGGCGCUGGACAUUGAGAUCGCUGCUUACAGGUGGGUCCCAGAAAGAGAAAUUUAACCUAAACAAAGUCAACACAACUGACCUCAUCCCUAUUCAUGUGGAACCCGUUGCACAUAUAAGCAUGCAGCAAUUGAUGAAAUAAUAAGACAAAGAUAUUACUCAGGGGAAAAAAAUAAUUUUAGGAUAGACAACAAGAUCCAAAUCAUUAACACUUACUAAGGAACAUUUUCAAAAAAUGAGUCAUUUCUAGUUAAAACCAGAUAAAAAAAGGUUGACCUUGAGUUUUAAAAACACUUAUAGAGCUUAACAUUUUUAUAUCCAGAUGAAGAGAGUACAUAAAAGGACAAAAACCUGGUCGGUGAUUGUAAGGGACACGUGAGGAGCAUUCAUAGGAAAAGCUUUUUAGGACCUAAAUUCACCGACUGGAACAUAUAAUAGCAGAUGUUGGUUGAUGUUUGGAGAAACAGGGUUGUGAAGCGCUUUGAAAACAAUCAAAAAUGAAGUGCAGAGCUUUAAGAAGUGAGGUGAUAAAGUCCAUCCAGUUUUUACAUGUCAAUUUUCAGGCAGCAGCUUUUAAACCAGCUGUAGUUUAUUGAAAAGGUAAACCAUUAAACAGAAGCAUGAAUUAAAAUCUUUCUGGGAUAGAAAAAGGCUGAUUUCAGUAAGUUUCUGAGAAGUAGUAGAAGUAGAAGUACUUUGACCUCAGAGUCUGAAAUCACUGUUAGGUUUGUCACACGAUGAGGCGAUGAAGAUGGUGUGAGGUAAUGUGUCCAAGUGGAUUAAAGUAGGUCCAAGAACGCUUCCUUGAGGAACUCCAUAACUAAAACCAUGCAUCUCUGACAAACAAGAACCCAGGCUGAUCAAACUCUGUUAGGGUUAGUUGAUCAAAUUAACAACAUGUUACACAGAGUAGAAGCAAAGUGGAAGUCUGGUGAUUGUGAUGUACAAAAGGUGUAAUUUGCCAACUUUAAACUCAUAAAACAUCAUUCUUUUCAAGAUUUUCUCUUUUGUCCUGUCUUCAAAAAUUAGACUUUGCACCCAUGACCAUUUUUAAGUCGUAUAUUGAUGUAAAAGAUGCUAACUUUUCCUGUUUACCCCUUUAAACUGUAUCUUUUCAGCCCUACUAGGACAGGUGUUGAAAUAACUUUACUAAAACUAAUCCGCUGUGAUAAUAUUGUGGGCGGAUGUACAGACAGCAGAUGUGUUCCUGCUGAUGCUCCUGUGACAUUAGAUCCCUCAGGAGAGCUACACUGAGAUAAUAAUAGUAUCAGGACCAGACUAGAGGUGAGAUCAUCCCCGAUCCUCCGUCUGUCCCUGCAGGAAGCUGCUGGAAGGUGAGGAGUGUCGUCUCAGCACCGUUGGCGGAGCCAUGGUCCAGUCCGGCUACCCCGGCUUCUCCUACAUGUCGGCUCGCACCUACACCCUCGGCGCCUACAGGAGGUCCGGAGCCAAGCCUGAGGAGGAGGAAGGAGAGGAGGAAGAGGAGGAGGGAGAGGAGAACGAGGAGGAAGGAGAGGAGGGAGAAGAGGGAGAGGAGGGAGAGGAGGGAGAUGACCAGGAAGAGGGUGAGGGUGAGGAUGAGGAGGAGGAAGAGGAGGAGGAAGAGAAGGGGAAAGGAAAGGAGAAAGAAAAGGAGAAGGAGAAGAAGAAGGAGACCUCCGGCGGCAAGAACAGCAAGAGUUAA